AUGCAUUUCUUCCCCAAGGCAGACGCUGCCCUUUUGUCGCCAUCACUAGAAGAGCAGAGCCUGCCCACCCGCCCUACCAACGUGGGUCCAAUAUUCGAUGUUGACAAUGCCGAAAUUCCAAUUGCGCCGUGGACUCCGGAUACCGAGUCGUGCUUCUAUCCCACCAAGAUUGACCCUUACGCUUCGGCAUCGAUACCCAAGAAACCUCCCCGUGCUCCAUCUCGAUACCUGCGGGCUCAUCUGGCCAAAAAUGAACGGUUGAGAUUGUCUAUGCUAUGGUACUACGGGCGGGAUCUUGGCAACGAACCUGAGCUCCUCUCAGGGCUUCAGGAAAAAGCAUGUUUAGCACAAGAAUCUUCCGGCUGGGAAUUUGCCAUCGUGGGAUUACUUGAUGUCAACGUCUACAUCCGUCUUGCAACAGUUGGUGUUCAGCUCGCUAUUCUCCCCCGUGGCGAAACGCUUUGCGCCCAUACGGUGACCCAACCUCCUGGUAAUGUAUUUCUUCUACCAAAUAUGAUGGAGGACUGGAGGUUCCGAGAGUCGCCAUAUGUUGAACAAGGAGGAUUAAUAGCAUACGCGGGCGUCCCGCUUCGAAUGCAGCACGAAUCUGGGGAAUGUGUUGGGCUAGGAUCGCUAUGUGUCGCCUCAGCAACCAGUCAACCUCCCUUGUCGAAACAGCAACAACAAACACUCGCUCGUCUUGCCGAUUGGAUUGUAGCCGACAUUGUGCAGUGCACACGAGCCCGGCGUCAACGUGAGCGCCAUCGACUGGCCGAGCUCAUUGCGACUGUUGAAAAUGUAUCCGACGAUCAUGAUCCACAAGACUCAGUGCUCAGCAUACUGCGAACUGCCUAUCCGGAUGAGUCAAUCAGCAUCCAGUCGUCUGAAAUUGAUCAAUUCGCCAACAGCCGGCAUUCGGGAUUGCCCUCUGACCUGAACAAUGGGUUAUGGGAAGACACCGCCUACAUUGAUGAGUUCAUUGAAACCUCAAACCAUAGCGAUACUCCUAAAGAUAGAGUUAUUCGGAUUUUUUCUGCCCAGUGCGAGAGCAAACUAGGUCAUUCAAUACUUGCUGUGGCUACCAAGGAUUUUCGAAGAAUAUUUGACGAUGUCGAUGCUUGGUUCAUACAAACCUGUGCAUCUAUGCUUACCCAAAUUUGGCAGAAACGUCUUCUAUCAGAAGCAAUCAGAGCAAAAGAAAAGUUUCUUCGUGGAAUAUCUCAUCAGCUUCGAACUCCCAUUCAUGGCAUUCUCGGCGCCGCCGAACUUCUUGCCGAGGACUUAAAGGCAAUCACUAUAUCUGAGAACGCCAAAAUACAGCCAGCGUUAGCCGAGGUCGCGGGAUUUAUCUCUGAUAUUAAAACGUCAUCGUUGUACCUUGAUACCAUAUCUACAGCAGGUCGAGAGCUUAUGUCAACCGUUAACAGCAUGAUUACCUUGAACAGAUGGGCUGAUGUUGCCGUGGCCGAACGACAUUAUGCCACGCACGACAUUAGCGAGCUGGAGUUGGAGCUCGUGAAGGGUAUUUCUGACGCAGCGAUAAGGGACACAGGCUCGACGCCUUCAAUUUUUUUUCACUUUGAUCUACCUCCAGACCGUAGGUGCUUAAAAACCGACCUCAGCUUGCUUCGGGACAGCGUUCUUCCCCUUAUCAUUAAUGCCAUUCAAAACACAUCCGAGGGUGCUGUAAUAGUCACUUCCUCAAAACAACCAGGGACAGAUGCAUUCGUGGUCGAUGUCGAAGAUACGGGCUGUGGCAUUCAGCCAGAUGAUCAAAGCCGUAUCUUUGAGCUCUACGAGAAAGGUGGCGAGCACUCGACAGGCGCUGGACUAGGUUUACCUCUGGCCACCAAGUUUUCGACCCUACUUCACGGCUCUAUUGAGCUAAUAUCAUCACGGGUCGAUCGCGGCUCCCAUUUCAGAGCAACAUUUCGAGAUAUCACUUAUGCAGCUUCGGCCGUGCCUUUACACAAAACAGUGUCCGCUCUAACAUACUUACCGCUGAGAUUCCACCAAGUGGGGGCUGACUUGCCUGACUUGCAUCUGUCUUCAAACUUCGCCAAGUUCCUGAUCCGUAAUGGACUCACCGCUUCAGAGAGCUACAAAGACAGCUUUACAAUCGUUGAAUCCGGUCGUGACUCGAAACUGACCCACAGCCAUGUUUCAUCUAUACCAUCUGAACAAGUCGUCAUCUGGCUGGUCCCAACAUCAGUUGAUUCAGGGUCUCUCGAGUCACUACCAAAUGUCAUAUAUGCUAGCGGACCCUUCUCAACGUUGAAGCUUCUUAGCAUACUUGAAGAAGCCGAUAAUCUUGCCAUGAUGAUCAAUCCAGCGAAGAGACUUGCCAGGUCCAACAACACCUUAGCCGAAGACCUAAAUCAAGGUGGUACUGAUUCCGCCUCUUCAGAAGAAAUUUACUCGACUUCAGACGAAGGGUACAGCUCUUUGAAUGGCUCACCCUCGCUCUCUUCCAAUGGAGAAACAAGUCAGACGCUCGAACAUGGCGGUGAGUCGAGCUUGGAUUGGGGUCUAUCAUCGACACAUCAAUCUAAUGAGCCAGCAAUCUGGAGGCGUUCUACCUUACCUUCAACCCCCGCAAGAUCAGCUAAACCCCUCACACUCGUUGUAGAUGAUAACGCUAUCAACCUCCGCAUUUUGCAGAUGUAUUGCAAGAAGCGAGGACUGUCAUGCCUCAGUGCGGCUGACGGCAAACAAGCUAUUGAGAUAUUCUCAAAGCGACAAGCAUCCCACGCUGCUGGUGACGGAGCUCCCAUUGAGCUGAUUCUCAUGGACUUGCAGAUGCCGGUGUGUAAUGGCAUUGACGCCACGUACGAGAUGCGUUCCUUGGAGAAACAACAUGGAUGGAAGUCAAGUAUUCUAUUCAUUGUGACUGGGCAAGACAGUGAAAUAGAUAGAGAAGCCGCGAAUGCUGCUGGUGCUGAUGACUAUCUGGUGAAACCUAUCGGAAUGAGAUCCUUGGAUUAUGGCUUGAAGAGAUAUUUUCCAGCAUUCAAGAACUAA